AUGUCUUCUGAUGAAGAUGACCUUGACUUGAACGACGACACUACUUCUCAAUUAGACAAUGCUACAGACGAUGGUGAUGUAAUGGACAUUGAAGACCCCUUACCUUCUGCUCGAAGUUCACCGGCACCUCAACAGGAGUUAAUGGACACAAACACAUCUCACAGACAACGUCUCUGUUUGUGCAUCUCACCAGACGCAAGGAUCUGUAGAUCCUACGACUGUGUUGCUGCUAUUCACCCUAAUCCAAUCUAUAGUUUGGCAGCAACUCGAUGUUAUCGGUGGAUAUUUACAGGAUCGGAUGAUGGCUAUGUACGAAAAUGGGAUUUCUUUGCAUCGAUGAAUGGCAAACUACUUCUCACUCAAGCACAAAGACAUCAGCAUGUUGAAUCUGUGAGCAUGGCUGGUGUCCUGAGUUCUUGGUGGGAGCAUGAAGAACAUCCAGAACCUGUUGCCAAAAUAGAACCAGUCGAUUCUACCGGAGAGGAAAGUGCUGGUACACAGGCUGUUCAAGGGCCACUACUAGAACCCAAGGCAUCUCCUGUAUACAGCAUGGACGUUCAUGCAGAAGCACUCUGGAUGGUUCUAGGCUGUGACAAUGGUAGCAUUAAUCUUGUCACUGUACGACAUGAGGAAGGCAAGUGCCGUAAUGUGUUAAGACAUCACAAGGGUCCAGUAUCGGUCUUGAAGAUCACUCCAAGCGAAACAGGUGUCAUCAGUGGCUCUUGGGACCGGACUGUAGCCGAGUGGGAUCUUCACACAGGCACAAUAGUCAGAUCAUACCAAGGUCACAACUCACAGAUUGCAUCGGUCGCCUUUCAACCUAUCUACACACCCUAUGUGCCUACAAACACAUCAAAAGACACCCAAGAUAAAUCUGUUCUUGACACCACAGAUAAUCCUGACUCUGCGCAACCCACAGACCCUAGCUUGAUCUGGGACCAAAAGAACCCUGACAUUCUGCUAACAACCAGUGUCGACGGCCAAUGUUUGUUGUGGGAUCGACGGGAACCUUCAAAUGAUGCACGAAAAUUAGGGGUACCAGAACGUACCCCACCUUGGUGCUUAUCCGCAUGCUGGAGUACUGACGGCACAAAGAUAUAUGCAGGUCGGCGCAAUGGAACAGUUGAUGAAUAUGACUAUGCUUCUCAAAAGCAUAUCCAGACCUUCCGUAUGCCAUCGAAUUCCGGUCCUGUAUCUUAUGUUAGCAGUAUGCCAAAUGGAAAACAUUUGAUAUGUGCUUCAAAUGAUAAUGUGCGCCUCUGGGACACAUCAUUAGAUUCUGCAUUUACCAUCCGACCAGGAGUUGAACAAGAAUUUGUAAAACCCUCGAAAACACCAUCAGUAAUUCCUUUUAUCAUUUUGCCUGGUCAUCAUGGAGGAGUUAUCUCACAUAUAUAUGUUGACCCAACAUGUCAGUACAUGAUCACCACGUCUGGAAAUAGAGGCUGGGAAGGUAGCUCUACAAAUGCAUGUCUAUUUUAUGAUAUUAGUCCUGUUGUUUAA